CGCGCGCCGGGGACGCGCGCCGGCGACCAUGGCGUUCGCCGGGCUCGAGCGAGUACUUUAACCCCUGGAAGCGGCGGCGGCGGCGAGGGAGCGAGCCUCGAACGGGCGGGCCCCAGCCUGAGGGAAGGGAGGAAGGGGCGGGGAGAGCGCCAGAGGGAGGCCGGUCGGCGGCGGGCGGGCGGGCAGCGCAGCGCCAAGCGGGGCCCGCGGGCCCAUGAGGAGGCCCGGGGACCAUGGGCUCCAGGAUCAAGCAAAAUCCAGAGACCACGUUUGAAGUAUAUGUUGAAGUGGCCUAUCCUAGGACAGGUGGCACUCUUUCAGAUCCUGAGGUGCAGAGGCAAUUCCCGGAGGACUACAGUGACCAGGAAGUUCUACAGACUUUGACCAAGUUUUGUUUCCCCUUCUAUGUGGACAGCCUCACAGUUAGCCAAGUUGGCCAGAACUUCACGUUCGUGCUCACUGACAUUGACAGCAAGCAGAGAUUCGGGUUCUGCCGCUUAUCUUCAGGAGCGAAGAGCUGCUUCUGUAUCUUAAGCUAUCUCCCCUGGUUCGAGGUAUUUUAUAAGCUACUUAACAUCUUGGCAGAUUACACGACAAAAAGACAGGAAAAUCAGUGGAAUGAGCUUCUUGAAACUCUGCACAAACUUCCCAUCCCUGACCCAGGAGUGUCUGUUCAUCUCAGCGUGCAUUCUUAUUUUACUGUGCCUGAUACCAGAGAACUUCCCAGCAUACCUGAGAAUAGAAAUCUGACAGAAUAUUUUGUGGCUGUGGAUGUAAACAACAUGUUGCAUCUGUACGCCAGUAUGCUCUACGAACGCCGGAUACUCAUCAUCUGCAGCAAACUCAGCACUUUAACGGCCUGCAUCCACGGCUCUGCGGCGAUGCUGUACCCCAUGUACUGGCAGCACGUGUACAUCCCCGUGCUGCCGCCGCAUCUGCUGGACUACUGCUGUGCUCCCAUGCCCUACCUCAUAGGAAUCCAUUUAAGUUUAAUGGAGAAAGUCAGAAACAUGGCCCUGGAUGAUGUUGUGAUCCUGAAUGUGGACACCAACACCCUGGAAACCCCCUUCGAUGACCUCCAGAGCCUCCCAAAUGAUGUGAUUUCUUCGCUGAAGAACAGGCUGAAGAAGGUCUCCACGACCACUGGUGAUGGUGUGGCCAGAGCGUUCCUCAAGGCCCAGGCCGCUUUCUUUGGGAGCUACCGGAACGCGCUGAAAAUCGAGCCGGAGGAGCCGAUCACCUUCUGUGAGGAAGCCUUCGUGUCCCACUAUCGCUCCGGGGCCAUGCGGCAGUUCCUGCAGAACGCCACGCAGCUGCAGCUCUUCAAACAGUUUAUUGAUGGUCGAUUAGACCUUCUCAAUUCUGGCGAAGGUUUCAGUGAUGUUUUUGAAGAGGAAAUCAACAUGGGCGAGUAUGCUGGCAGUGAUAAACUCUACCAUCAGUGGCUCUCCACGGUCCGGAAAGGAAGUGGAGCAAUUCUGAAUACUGUAAAAACAAAAGCAAAUCCGGCCAUGAAAACUGUCUACAAAUUCGCAAAAGAUCAUGCAAAAAUGGGAAUAAAAGAGGUGAAAAACCGCUUGAAGCAAAAGGACAUCGCUGAGAAUGGCUGUGCCCCCACCCCAGAAGAGCAGCUGCCAAAGACUGCACCGUCCCCAAUGGUAGAGGCCAAGGACCCCAAGCUCCGGGAAGACCGGCGGCCAAUCACAGUCCACUUCGGACAGCCCCAGAGACUCCGUCCCACCCGACCGCCGCCUCCCAAGAUACAGCGCUCGAGGCCCGUGCGCCCGCCCCGGCCACACGUCGCGAAGAGACCCAAGAGCAACAUCACAGUGGAAGGCCGGCGGACGUCGAUCUCGAGCCCCGAGCACCUGGUAAAGCCCCUGAGACACUAUGCGGUCUUCCUCUCCGAGGACUCCUCUGACGAUGAAUGCCAGCGGGAAGAGGGCCCGAGCUCUGGCUUCACCGAGAGCUUUUUCUUCUCUGCUCCCUUUGAAUGGCCACAGCCCUAUCGGACGCUCAAGGAGUCAGACAGUGCGGACGGCGACGAGGCGGAGAGUCCGGAGCAGCGAGCGCGGAAGCCCUUGGGCCCUGCCCCAGCUCCGCCGGACCGGGCCGCCAGCAUUGACCUUCUGGAAGACGUCUUCAGCAGCCUGGACGUGGAGCCCCCCCUGCAGCCGCUGGGCCAGGCCAAGAGCUUGGAGGACCUUCGGGCCCCCAAAGACCUGAGGGAGCAGCCAGGGACCUUUGACUAUCAGAGACUGGACCUGGGCAGGAGCGAGAGGAGCCAUGGGAUGAUGGUGGCCUUGAAGCUUGCCCACCCUUACAACAAGCUGUGGAGCCUGGGCCAGGACGACAUGGCCAUCCCCAGCAAGCCCCCAGCUGCCUCCCCUGAGAAGCCCUCCGUCCUGCUCGGGAACUCCCCAGCCCUGCCCCGAAGGCCCCAGAACCGGGACAGCAUCCUGAACCCCAGUGACAAGGAGGAGGCGCCCACCCCCACUCUGGGCAGCAUCACCAUUCCCCGGCCCCAGGGCAGGAAGACCCCGGAGCUGGGCAUCGUGCCUCCACCACCCACUGCCCGCCCGGCCAAGCUCCAGGCUGCCAGCACCCCACUCGGUGACUUCUCAGAGCGGCUGCAGGCGGAUCGGGAGAGGCGAGCCGCCCUGAGCCCAGCCCUGUUCCCAGGGCCCCUGCCCAGUGGUGCUCACCAAGGCCCCACUGAACUGCUCCAGCCGCUCAGCCCAGCCCCGGGGGCUGCGGGCGCCGACAGCGACGCCCUGCUCGCUCUCCUGGACCCACUUAGCACAGCCUGGCCCAGCAGCACCCUUCCACCAUGCCCUGUCGCCCCAAAUGUAGCCACCCCAUUCACCCCCCAGUACAGCUUUCCCCCUGCAGGGACCCCCGCCCCCUUCCCACAGCCACCACUCAACCCCUUUGUCCCAUCCAUGCCAGCGGCCCCACCUGCCCUGCCCCUGGUCUCCACACCGGCUGGGCCUUUCGGGGCCGCUCCGGCCUCCCUGGGGCCGGCUUUUGCGCCCGGCCUCCUGCUGUCCGGUGCUGGCUUCUGCACCCCUCACAGGUCUCAGCCCAACCUGUCCGCCCUCUCCAUGCCCAACCUCUUCGGCCAGAUGCCCAUGGGCGUCCACACCAGCCCCCUGCAGCCGCUGGGGCCCCCAGCAGUCGUGCCCUCGAGGAUCCGAACGUUGCCCCUGGCCCGCUCCAGCGCCAGGGCUGCUGAGGCCAAGCAGGCGCUGGCCCUGCGGCCGGGAGACGCCCCGCUCCUGCCUCCCAGACCCCCCCAGGGCCUGGAGCCAGCACUGCGGCCCUCUGCUCCUCAACAGGCCAGAGACCCCUUUGAGGAUUUGUUACAGAAAACCAAGCAGGACGUGAGCCCGGCCCCGGCGCCAGGCUCCGUGGAGCAGCUCAGGAAGCAGUGGGAGACCUUCGAGUGAGCCGGCCCUGAGGGCGGGCGAGCCAAGCCUGAGUGUGCGUCGCCACUGCUGUGGCUCCCAGGCUCCCCUGCCGCUGGUUCUGUCCAGGUUCUGCUGGUGGGUAGGGAUGGGACCCCUCUCUGCCAUCCCCUGACGCCCUGGUCUCCACACCUACUGCCCAUCUCUGAGGGAAUGGUGCCAGUUCUGGCCUAGGAAUCAACCCAGCCCCUAGGCACCCGUCCCACCCGGCCACGGCCCCUCAGCACCCCAACUGGGUUUUGCACUAAAGAGGUCAGUCAGCUGGGCCAGUGAUUGCCCAGACCACGUCCUACCCUCCGUCCCUCUGGAAACAUCCAGAAGGCUCCUCAAAGCCUCUCCUCCUGAGCCCAGCUCUCCUGUCCCUACCGCAGCCCAGCCCUGCACACCCCACCUGGGUGGGCGAGGGCGUCAGUGUUACCCCCAAGCGAGGGCUCGUCUGCACGAGACACAGGUGAUUUGGGGGGCUGAAGUCAGGACUGCUCCCGGGUGGAGGAUCUACCUGGUGGGGCAUUUCCAAACCCUCUCUAGCAAUAUGCACAUGUGUUCUUUCCUGCGUCUUCACCCCAACCCCAAACUUCAGUUGUUUCUGGCCUGGUAGGAUCUGGGGCCCGAAGGAUCUCGGGCUCCCCUUUGAUAGCCAAACCCAGCCCCAGCCACCCUGCACUGGGGGCCGGGCACCAGCAACUCUGAUUUGUGGAAGAAAAAUAGAAACCCACAAAUCUCAGUGAGUUAGGAGGAAUCCUCAGCCCUCAUCUAGCCCUCUGUCACUCUGAUACUUCCAGUUCUCCUUGUCUCUCCUGUCACCGUCAAUGCUGGGCUCAGCCUAUUGUCACUUGGGGCUUCGUGGGCAAAGCUGAGAAGCAAUGACCCAGAUUUCAAUUUGAAGACCAAGCUUAACGUUGCAGAUUGACAUGGGAGUCCUGGCUCCCUGGGCUGGGACAGGGCGGUGGCCCUGGGCCCCUUCUCCAGGGUCCCGUCCCAGUGGUCUGGAGGCUCCUUUCAGCCUGGAGGCAGGAGCAGCCCCAGAAGCCUGUCCCUCCCCACCUGUCCCGAGCUUCUGGCCAGCAGAGCAAUUCCUGAGGCCAACGUCACCAAAGUUAGAUUGAAAUGUCUUGUUAUUGUUUCUUUUAUCUUUCUUUUCCUUUUUACCUUAUUGAUUUGAUGAAUCUUGAAAUUGAUUCAUUUCCAUAAAGCAAGUUAAAGUAUGGCCCAACCAUUUAAGAAAACAACCAUCUGAGACAUGCAGGAAAUUGUGAGCAUUUUGACCUGAUUUCUCAUUUCCUAUUUGUGAAUGGUCAGACACACAGUCUACACAGGGUGUCUGAUGGAGCCAAGGGGGUCCCUGGAGGUCCCUGUCACCCCAGGGAGGCCCCUUUGUGUCUGAGAGGCUGCUGUGCGUGCCGAGGCCUGGUGGCCAGCCCAGUACACAGCCCUUCCUGGGUCCGCUGUGGCCCGUCUGGGCAGGUCUUCUCUUACUGUCCGGUGAGUGUUCUCUGGCUGCUGGGGGGGCUGUGUCACACCUGGGCCAGUGGGCGUCUCCCAGGCACUUGGUGUUUCGGCACAGAUUCCAGUUCUACCCCUGAUCCUGGCAGAGCCGCAGGCCCUUCUGGGACAGGUCAGAGGAUGAGAAAAGAGGUGCUGGGCAGCCCCAGGGCGGGAGGCCCCACAGUCUCCCCGGCUGUGCUCGGGCUGGUGGCAGGGGCCCCGUGUUGCCGUGAGCACUGCUGUCUCUUCACUCGCCGGAUUGAACUUGCAGACCCAAGGAGGAACUUUGUGUGUGCAUUCAAUAAAAUCUUCUUAGGCAAAAGGCUGCCAUCUGUGUCCUUGCAGAAGCUCUGUGGGGACAGGAGCCUCCAUGUGGGCUCUCGGCGGUGGAGGCCAGGUGUGGAGCGCUUAGGGAAGCAUUCAGUGCCCCCCCAAGCCUGUGCCCACUCAGGACUCCAAUCCAGCUCACCCCUUCCCCUCACAAGCAGGGCCCAGGGUGAGCUGGUGACAGGCCUGCACAGCCCUGCCAGGAACAUAGAGCAGGCUGCAGGUCCCCAGUGGUGUUGGGGGCGCCCAGGCUCCAGGAAAGAACAAGUUCAAAGGGGUACCUAGCAAGUCGCCCCCACAGAUCUCUUGUUAGCAAGAACAGAUCCUGGAAUCUGCCCUUCUGUUGGAUACUUGUGUUUGAGGGGAGAUCUGGACCAAUUGAUCACCCAGUGGGCGUUAAACACACACCCCAGUCUGCCCGUGACCUGGCCAUGUUCCCCCUCCCAGGGCUGACCCUGAAAAUGACAAGCACCCAGAACCCACAGGAGCAAGGGAGAGGAGGACAAGGGGCUCCCCCAAAAAGAAUAGCCACGCCUACAAUCCUAGCAUUCUGGGAGGCAAAAGCCAGAGGAUUGCUUGAGCUUAGGAGUUCAAGA